AUGAGGCCGAUGCUUCUGAUGCAGCUGGCGCUGCUUCUCGCCCUGCCCAGGAGCCUGGGGGCGAAAGGGUGUCCUCCGCCCUGUGAGUGUCACCAGGACAACUUCAGAGUCACCUGCAAGGAUGUCCACCGCAUCCCCAGCCUACCGCCCAGUACGCAGACUGUCUACUUAUCUGUCGAUGCAACUCUGCAGCGGCUGGAAUCACAUUCCUUCUACAAUUUGACUAAAGUGACUCACAUAGACAUUCGGAAUGCCAAGAGCUUAGCUUACAUAGACCCUGGUGCCCUGAAAGAGCUGCCUCUUCUGAAGUUCCUCGGCAUUGUCAACACUGGCCUUAGAGUAUUCCCUGACCUGACCAAAGUUUAUUCCACUUAUGUAUUCUUUAUACUUGAAAUCAUAGACAACCUUUACAUGACUUCAAUCCCUGCAAAUGCUUUUCAGGGACUGUGCAAUGAAACCAUGACACUGAAAUUAUACAACAAUGGCUUUACAUCAAUCCAAGGACAUGCUUUCAAUGGGACAAAGCUGGAUGCUGUUUACCUGAACAAGAAUAAAUACCUGACAGUUAUUGACAAAGAUGCAUUUGGAGGAGUAUACCAUGGACCAAACUUGCUGGACGUCUCUCAUACCAGCGUUACCGCCCUGCCGCCCAAAGGCCUGGAGCACCUGAGGGAACUGAUAGCAAGAAACACAUGGACUCUAAAGAAACUGCCACUUUCUCCAAGUUUCCUUCACCUCACACGGGCUGACCUCUCUUAUCCGAGCCACUGCUGUGCUUUUAAGAGUCAGAAGAAAAUCGGAGGACUCUUCGAGUCCUUCAUGUGCAAUGAAAGCAGUGUUCGGAGUCUGCGUCAGAGAAAAUCUGUGAACGCUGAGAAUGGUCCCUUCUACCAGGAAUAUGAAGCGGACCUGGGUGACCCCAGUGCUGAGUACAAGGAAAACUCCAAGUUCCAGGAUACCAACAGCAACUCUCACUACUACGUCUUCUUUGAAGAGCAAGAAGAUGAGAUCAUUGGUUUCGGCCAGGAGCUCAAAAACCCCCAAGAAGAGACCCACCAGACCUUCGAUAGCCAUUAUGACUACACUGUGUGUGGGGGCAAUGAAGUUAUGGUGUGUAGCCCCAAGUCCGACGAGUUCAACCCCUGUGAAGAUAUCAUGGGCUACAGGUUCCUGAGAAUCGUGGUGUGGUUUGUGAGCCUGCUGGCCCUCCUGGGUAACGUCUUUGUCCUGCUCAUCUUGCUCACCAGCCACUACAGGCUGACCGUCCCACGCUUCCUCAUGUGCAACUUGGCCUUCGCGGAUUUCUGCAUGGGGAUGUACCUGCUGCUCAUCGCCUCCGUCGACCUCUACACGCAGUCUGAGUACUACAACCACGCCAUCGACUGGCAGACAGGCCCUGGCUGCAACACAGCAGGCUUCUUCACCGUCUUUGCCAGUGAGCUGUCGGUGUACACGCUGACGGUCAUCACGCUGGAGCGCUGGUACGCCAUCACCUUCGCCAUGCGCCUGGACCGGAAAAUCCGCCUCAGGCACGCGUACGCCAUCAUGGUCGGCGGCUGGGUUUGCUGCUUCCUGCUCGCCCUGCUCCCUUUGCUGGGAAUAAGCAGCUAUGCCAAGGUCAGCAUCUGCCUGCCCAUGGACACCGAGACCCCUCUGGCUCUGGCAUAUAUUACCCUCGUUCUGCUGCUCAACAUAGUCGCCUUCAUCAUUGUCUGCUUCUGUUACGUGAAGAUCUACAUCACGGUCCACAAUCCCCAGUACAACCCAGGGGACAAAGACACCAAAAUUGCCAAAAGAAUGGCUGUGUUGAUCUUCACCGACUUCAUGUGCAUGGCCCCAAUCUCCUUUUAUGCUCUGUCGGCACUUAUGAACAAGCCUCUUAUCACCGUUACCAACUCCAAAAUCCUGCUGGUUCUCUUCUAUCCACUUAACUCCUGUGCCAAUCCAUUUCUCUAUGCUAUUUUCACCACGGCCUUCCAGAGGGAUGUAUUUAUCCUGCUCAGCAAGUUUGGCAUCUGUAAACGCCAGGCUCAGGCAUACCGAGGCCAAAGGGUUUCUACAAAGAACAGCACUGGUAUUCAGGUCCAAGAGGUUACCCAGGACCUGAGGCAAAAUCUCCCCUACAUGCAGGAUGUCUAUGAACUGCUUGAAAACUCCCAUCUAACCCGAAAUAAGCAUGGCCAAGCCUCAAAAGAGUAUAAGCAAACAGCUUUGUAAGCUGACCCUACACUACUCACAGUGGUAGGGGGACUGAUCAAAGGGUAGUUUCUUGAACAUGCAUUCCAACCCCAUGACACACACAAGAAAGCUGAUCUUGUGCAGGUGACAUUUCACGAGAGAAGAGUUUAUCUCUAGAAAGGGAACUAGCAUUAACCUAAUCAUCACCCCCAAAUAGGAAGAGAGGCUACCAACAUGUCUGAAUUCCAGGGAAUAUCAAAAUAAUUCUAUACUUUCUGGAAGACUUGCUUAUGCUAAGUGAAAAGAUAACAUUCUGUAAGAUGCUCAACGAAUAUCCACUGAGCCAUGUCAAUACUGAGCUUCUUGUUUUUAUAUAGCAUUUCAGACUAAAUAUUCAACAAAUGGCAAAUGCUAUUACCUUGGUUGGCGAGCACAAGAUAAAAUCGGCCACAUGGGUUGGCUUAGUGCAACUUGAUGUUCCCCCAUACAACCAAAGAGAGCUUGAGUUUCUUGAAACUGAAAAGUCAAACAGGACAUCAUGCAAGGAACAGCUAUGAUGAGGCAUGAAGGAGGGGAAAAGCUUAGCUUUGAGUUGUUUUUUUUUCAGACUCUGUAGCUAUUAAUCAUCUCUUCCCCCAAGGAUCUACAUGGUGUGACCCAACUGUUAUGUGUUGCCCAGAAAAACUGGCAAUAUUUCAGCUUAUGUAGCCAAACUAAGGAUUGUUCUUCUUGGCUAGGCUAAUAGCAUAAAAGAUGUGAACCUGGGAAAUAUUUCUGAGUAGCAAGAAGUGGUAAUUACGAGCAGAGCACACUAAAUCACCCAUUGAUGACUAAAGCAGACCGGACACCAGGUAACUGAUGGACUUUGGGCAAAUCACUGCGCCUCAGAAGUCUGGAGCCCAAUGGCCUCUUCCAGUGUUAAAACUCUAUGUACAUUCCUUCCCCUUAAAACAUAUGUUUCCAUGAUAAAGAGAAAGAAAAGUAUUAAGGAAGAAGAAUCUGUUUUUCCUGUCUUGUAGGGCUGCCAUCUCCUUCUGUUUGGAAUCUAGACAUAUCACCCAAGGAAUGUUUUGUUUCAUUUUUGGUUAUGAUGCACCAAAAGUUCUACCGAGUGACCACAUUGGGCUGGAUCUGAAUCACUCAUGUAAUAACCAGAUUGAUCUACACAGCUAUAAUGGUCAGGUCAAAACCAGAUUGGUAUUUAUAUCAUAGCAUAAAAAGUAACUUUGCACAUUUUGGUUAUCUGGAGUUACCACUUCACUAUGCAGAUUCACUUGAAAACAUUAACUUGUCUUCAAUGCAGAUUCACUUGAAAACAUUUAACUUGUCUUCAGCUAUUGGCUUCUUUACUUAGCUGUUUCCAUCCCACCAUACAAUACUAAAGCUAUCAAGAGAAGUUCCUUCUCUCUGAAAUCAUCUGUUCUUUCCAACCUUGUUGAUCACUAGACAUAAAAUUUCUAUUCCCCAACAUUGCUCCCUUACUUAAAAUGGUCAGGAUCUUUCUCUAUAGGUGUACUCUCCAAGUUAUCCAUCAAGACAGCCCCUUAAUUUCAUCCCAAGCAGAGAUGGUGUUUGCUUCUAGUGCUCAUGAACCACACCAUGACUUAAAAGCACACCAUGAAUUAAAAGCUUUUGUUGUUUUAAAUCUGGGGAGUGCAGUUGGAGGGCCCAGUGGGCUCCCAGAGAUGGUCCCCCUGACUCACCUAGAAUCUGUCCAUAGCCAUACCCAUUCCUGAUUAUCACUGAGACUUAGAUGUCUUAACAGAAAUAUUAUACACACCUAAAAUCAUGACAUCCACCAGUUAACUUGUAACUAAUGAAAUUAAACAAAUGUGUUACCUUUUGACAAGUGGUUUCUCACCUGUGACAUUCUGAAAUAUCACAUCCUGAUAAAUAAUGUGUUUUAUCUUGAGUCAUUGAAAUAAU